AUGGAGAUACCCGUUGUUGCUUCAGCAGGCGCUGCUGCCUCUGUGUACUAUUACAACCUGGAUCGUUUUAAAUUCGAUGCGGAGCAGAGACAGACCUGUAUCUACCAGGUGCAGAGCAUGCGCCUGGCACAGUGGGGACUUUUUCGCGAGGAUGUCCACGACGUGUUUGGACUAUCGACCUCCUCCAUGGAUAACUACAUCCUGGUGGGCGCACUGGUCGUCACAGCUGUCAUGAAUUUCAUUUUUGUGGGCUACCCGGCCUUCCCUCCAGAGCCGAGGUGGCUACUGCCCAUGUGGAACAACACGGUCUUCGCCUGCAUCACCUUCGGGAUGCUCUGCGUGUGGCUAGGAAUGCACGGCUCCAUCUCCCAACGAUCGGCGAAGGUCAAGAUCUUGACCCAGGCGGUUCGGCCGCCGGUGCCCACGCUAAAGGAUGUCCAGGAUGCCACAAGGGAGCAGGAGAACUUCGAGGCCGGUGGUACCGGGCGUUUCUUCCAGCCUCCGGCCUUCAUCGUGCCCUUUGACACCGAGAUGGAAAGCGUCCCCUCGGUUCAGAACACGGCCUCGGCCAAUCGAACGGUGCCGUUCCCCUCCGCCCAGCAGCGGAAGGCCCGGGUGAAGGGCGCGAAGAAGACGGCAGCUGUCGACUGGCUGGCAGAUGCACCCUACGCUGGCGAGGAGGUCCUUCAUCAUCUCGAGAACUCCGACAAUGGCGGUCCUGGCCGCAGUGCUGUGAUGCACUCGCACUUCUGGAUGCUGCGCCGCGUUCAGAGGGGUUAUUGCUGCUUCGAUGCCUACGCGCGCAUCUGCCUGCUCGUGGCAUGCCAGCAGAUGCUUAUGGUAUGCUGCUACUACUCCCUGGGGCAUUUCAUGUCGAAGAUGGAUCACUGGCCCGUCCGUGGACAGAAUCCUGGGGCGGCGUGGUUGUCCCUGCUGGCUGGAGCUUUCUCCUCCGCCACACUCUUCAGGUUAGACUUGUUCUGCAGCAUCCAGGAGCGGCGCUUGGUGAAUCUGACCCUGCUACUGCCGCCCUUCUUUGCGGGGAUUGCGAUUCACCUCUCGGCAGCCAGGACGAACAACGGGGCCGGGGGCAUCAAACCAUGUGACCAGGUGAUUCCAGCCUGGCUCCCCUGGGUCCUUGCCUUGAUCGCGUGCAUGGGACACAUGGUCUGGAUCUGCGUGAUCCUGCGGGUGGCCUCCCCCCUGAUUGAAGGUUCCGGCCUGCCAUUGAAUUUCCGCUCCACCAUUUACUUGGACAUCUUCGGCUGGCACAACCGCCACUUCUCCGCAGCAGCUGUGCGCAACUCUGUGGCUGCAGCCCACCACUGGGAGAAUCCGGAGGGAGUGCUCUAUGAGUCCAUCAAGAGGCGGCCCGAUCGCCAGUGCCUCAUCACUGCGCACAAGGAGGCCAAGCGGAUCUCGAACACUCUCGGACAGCUGCUGCGCUCCGAGGUGGCGAAGGAGAUGUCCAGGGAGGAGAGCGACGACCUUAAGCAGCUGCACUACACCAUGGAGGAUCGAAUACAAGAGCUGGAAACGCAGAUGUGCCUACCUCCUGGGCGUAGCUCCGACUGGGACCAACGUGGUCCGGCUUGGCUGCAAUCCACCUACCUGGACGGAACCAGUGAAGAGGUCUGCUGGGUGAACUGCCGGGCGGCUCAAGUUAGCUGGCAGAUGCCGGAGGUGGGGCAGAUCAUCGAUAUGAAGCGGCUCAGCACGUCCUUGGAAGAGCUGAAGGUGCGGCUCGGCUUCGGCAGCUUCGACCGAUUUCAGGCCCGACCGCUCCGGACUGCCACCGCUUUUCUCAUGGGUCUCCACCCUGGCGGAAGAGUCUUUGCCCUUCGAGCCUCUUGGCUGCCGAGCCUUUCCUAUGGGUGUGUUCAGUUGGCCGCAUGGGCACAGCUGGUCGCCUGGCUCCUCACGACGGGAUUCAUCCUCUUCUCCCCGAAGUAUUACGACUCUAGCGUGGCGCCUCGCGAGAUGUUCGACCGGACGGCGCUGCAUCGGGUGCAGACUGACUGGGCCCACGAGCACUUCCGCCCGUCCGCCCUUUCCUGCAGCGACGACGGCCGGCAACUCAUGCUGGGUGACCAGUUUCAAAUCUACAUGGGAAAGCUGGAAUUUUAUGGCCACCACGAGGACAGGGAAUCGGAUGCGGAAAUGGCGCCAGAGCAUGACCCACUGAAGCCUGCGCAGCUGCGAACGGUGACUCUGAAGGUGGAUAUGCCAACUUCGACACUGCAUCGGUCCUGGAAAAGCUUCGGCUUCCUCUCCUCAAGGCGCAUGCUGCUUCUGCUGAACCAGCACGGCACUGCUCUGGAGGAGUACUCGCUACGAAGCCACACCCAUGUGCGAUCUUGGACGCUGAGUCCUACGCUUCCUUUUAAGAGGCUUGAGAGCAUCUUCGUCGCCGGACCGGAGGAGUCUGCGCAGUGUGUCAGCGAGGGCUCCGGCUUUUCGGACCGCGGUUGGAUUGUCUUCGCCUCCACGGACUCAGGGCAGGUGGUGACCCUCUGCCCGACCUUCCGCAACGAGCUUCAUCCUCUGGACAUGGUGAUCUCCCUUCGCAGGCGGAAGGCCGCAAGGGAGGUGGUAGAGGUGGUCGACUCCCACACCGGCACUGCCAAGGCCAGCAGUCUCAAGAUCAUCUCGGUGCUGCCGGAUCCGAGGACUUCGUGGUAG